ACUUGAACAUAUCCAAACCUUUCGACUUCCCUAUUGCCCCUCGCUUUCAAAGCAAAGAAAGUUACGAAUCCUUUGUUAUAGAGAGCCUUUGUGGUCAGAUAUUAUCAUCACGAGGGCGGGGUAUCAUUCCACAAAAUUGAGGAGGUUGGGCACCCAGACGAAGCGCCGCCCAGCCUUGUCUCCAUUCCCUCUUCAGCUGCUGUCAAAGUGCACCCAUCUGCAGCCACAAAAUCCUUCAAGGCACAUUCUAGUGCCACAGCGCUUGUGGCUGGCCGGACCGUCUGAUACUUGUAUCUGGCCAUUCCACUGACGGCGCAUUCUCAUUCUUGCGACUACAAACGUUGGAUUGAUAGCCAUGGCUGCAGAGCAACCAAAUGUCGUCCCGGAGUCUGUGGAGAAUCCGGAAAAUGCACCAGAACAUGCCCCAAGGCCAAAGUUUCUGGGACGAGUCCAGGAUGGCAAGUUUUAUUGCGAGUGCGACGGUAUGAGCCACAAAGCUCGGUGCAGGACUGUUACCCAAGAGACUUCGAAUAAGGGGAGGAAGUUCUGGCUGUGCCAUAAAGAGGGGCAAGGACAAUGCAAGUUUUAUGUUUGGGUUGAUGACGAAGAGGAAGUCAAGGAAUGGCUGGAGGAGAAUGGACCUCCACCACGUGCGCCGGAGACUCCUCGAGAUAAAGGCAAGGGAAAGGAGGUAGAUAGGUCGAAGGCUACGCCUUGGACGCUGUCAAAACGGAAGAGAGGAUCGGAUUCGGGAUCGAGGGAGGUGUCUGAUGAGGAGAAUGGCGGGCCUUCUGGGGCCAACGGCAAUGAGCAAUCGGAUGCUGCUGAGUUUGAAUCGGACGAACUGGUGGAGGUUGGAGAUGGUAGUCCGUCCAGGAAGGCGCCGAGAAGAACGAUGCUCGAUACACCUGGUCAGGUUCUCGAGGAACGAUUGAACAAUGCAGCGGCAACUCUUCCAACGCCCGAUACUGGCAAGAAACCGGAAGCAGAAGGCGUCGCAUCCGGAUCACGGACUUCGAAACAGUUGACACUGGCAUCUGCUCGAUUAGGCGAUGUGAUCGACCUGACAGAAGACACGCCAUCGGCCCUUACAAUAGCUGUCAUGGACGAGCUUCAUUCGGCAAAGGUCCGAUUGAAUGACUCGACCAAGGCGUAUAUUGGGCAUCUGAUUGAUUCGGAGAUCGACCAGCAUGAUGCCAAGAUGAGGAGAAAUCAGAAGACGAUAUCGAAGAUGAAGAAGCGGCUUGAUGAGUUGGAGAGCCUGGUGCUUGCUUUGACAGGAGAUGAUCCCGUGCAGUUAUCCGAUUGAGGGGCCGUAAUUUUAUAUGGGUUCGCAACGCGAUGGAACUCGACGUCGGGCAUCGAGUUGAGACAUGAGAGGUCCAGCUAUGAUGCCGCCCCAAUCUCUGAUGCAGAAUUUUGGAGUCAAAGUGAUACCCUGGGAGCAGCAACAAGCGAUGAAGUAGCAGGCAGACAGUUAGCAAAUACAUAAAGUUGCAGGUAGCUGAGAAUUUAAUCUUUCAUCGGGAG